AGGUGCCCCCCUCCCGCGCCUUCUGCUUUAUAUAAAACAUUUUCCUAGAUCUCCAAAGUCCUGCUGCCCUGGAUCCCCGGAUAACUGCUUUGGCUCCUGUUGCAUCCUGCAGUGGGACCUGUCCCAGUACGGCCACGGGAAGAGCCAUGUCACCCUGCCUGCCUCUGCCUGGGCAUGCACGCAACGAGCGAGAGUUGGGAACCGCUUCUGCACGCGGUCAGCUUGGAGACGGUGCGCAGAGCCCGCGCACAGAGUAGGUGCAGCAAAAGUUAGUCCGAGGGCUUUCCCUCCUCGAGCACCGAGCUCCAGAUCGCAUUGCGGGUAAGCGAGGAUUGGGACAGCAGCUUCCUUGGUGGUGCCACAGAGCCCGCAGUGUCCCCCCUUAUCCUGCGAUUUCCCCACCAGACCCUGGGAAUCCAGCGUCGCAAAAUAAACACCGCCGCGCCGCUAAUCGCCAGCUCGGAAACAAAACAGCGCUGCGCUGGGGAUCUGUGCAAACCCAGCCCUCCCUCCUCCCGCGCCUUCGCCGCCGCCCUCCCCUCGGCGCGCUGCUCGCCUCGGCUCAGCGCAGCGCAGCUCGGCAGCGGCCAAACCGAGGCGGCACCGGCUCCGAGCUCCCUCGCUCUCCGCUUGGGCUCCUUCUGGUCUCGCCUCUGCCGGGACCGCUUCGGCCAGGAGUCGCUGGGCGAGAGCCGGCGACAGCAUCUCAAAGUUGGGGGCCCGCGAGGAUGAGGUUGUCUCCGGCGCCCUGGAGUCUGGCGCUGCUGGCCCUGGCGCUGCCCCUCUCCGUGGCGCUGGCCUUCUCCGACGAGACCCUGGACAAAGUAGCCAAGUCGGAGGGCUACUGCAGCCGCAUCUUGCGCGCUCAAGGCACACGGCGCGAGGGCUACACCGAGUUCAGCCUCCGCGUGGAGGGCGACCCCGAGUUCUACAAGCCGGGAAGCAGCUACCGCGUGACGCUUUCCGCUGCCCCGCCCUCCUACUUCAGAGGCUUCACGUUAAUUGCUCUCAAGGAGAACAGAGAGGGUGAUAAGGAAGAGGACCAUGCCGGUACCUUCCAGAUCAUAGAUGAAGAAGAAACCCAAUUUAUGAGUAACUGUCCCGUGGCAGUCACAGAGAGCACCCCCCGGAGGAGGACACGGAUCCAGGUGUUUUGGAUAGCGCCGCCAGCAGGAACCGGCUGUGUGAUCCUAAAAGCCAGCAUCGUACAGAAACGCAUUAUUUAUUUUCAAGAUGAGGGCUCUCUGACCAAGAAACUUUGUGAACAAGACCCCACAUUUGACGGCGUGACUGACAAACCAAUCUUAGACUGCUGCGCCUGUGGAACUGCCAAGUACAGACUCACGUUUUAUGGGAACUGGUCAGAGAAGACACAUCCGAAGGAUUAUCCUCGUCGAGCCAAUCACUGGUCUGCGAUCAUUGGUGGAUCCCACUCCAAAAAUUACGUGUUGUGGGAGUAUGGAGGAUAUGCCAGUGAAGGUGUCAAACAGGUUGCAGAAUUGGGCUCGCCAGUGAAAAUGGAGGAAGAAAUCCGACAACAGAGUGAUGAGGUCCUCACCGUCAUCAAAGCCAAAGCCCAGUGGCCAGCUUGGCAGCCUCUCAAUGUGAGAGCAGCACCCUCAGCUGAAUUUUCAGUGGACAGGACACGCCACUUAAUGUCCUUCCUCACCAUGAUGGGCCCAAGUCCGGACUGGAACGUGGGCUUAUCGGCAGAGGAUCUGUGCACCAAGGAAUGCGGCUGGGUCCAGAAAGUGGUACAAGACCUGAUUCCCUGGGAUGCUGGCACCGACAGCGGGGUAACUUAUGAGUCACCAAACAAACCCACAAUUCCCCAGGAGAAAAUCCGGCCCCUGACCAGCCUGGACCAUCCCCAGAGUCCUUUCUAUGAUCCAGAGGGCGGGUCCAUCACUCAAGUAGCCAGAGUUGUCAUCGAAAGAAUCGCCCGGAAGGGGGAACAAUGCAAUAUUGUGCCUGACAAUGUUGAUGAUAUUGUAGCAGACCUGGCUCCAGAAGAGAAAGAUGAAGAUGACACACCUGAAACCUGCAUCUACUCCAACUGGUCCCCGUGGUCAGCCUGCAGCUCCUCCACUUGUGACAAAGGCAAGAGGAUGCGGCAGCGCAUGCUGAAGGCGCAGCUGGACCUCAGUGUCCCCUGCCCAGACACCCAGGACUUCCAGCCCUGCAUGGACCCGGGCUGCAGUGACGAAGACGGCUCCACCUGCACCAUGUCCGAGUGGAUCAUCUGGUCGCCCUGCAGCAUCUCCUGUGGCAUGGGCAUGCGUUCCCGGGAGAGGUAUGUGAAGCAGUUCCCAGAGGACGGGUCCGUGUGCACGCUGCCCACCGAGGAGACGGAGAAGUGCACAGUCAACGAGGAAUGCUCUCCCAGCAGCUGCCUGAUGACCGAGUGGGGCGAAUGGGAUGAAUGCAGUGCCACCUGUGGAAUGGGCAUGAAGAAGCGGCACCGUAUGAUCAAGAUGAGCCCGGCGGAUGGCUCCAUGUGCAAGGCUGAGACCUCGCAGGUGGAGAAGUGCAUGAUGCCCGAAUGCCACACCAUCCCGUGCUUGCUGUCUCCAUGGUCCGAGUGGAGCGACUGCAGUGUGACCUGCGGGAAAGGCAUGCGGACACGCCAGCGGAUGCUCAAGUCCCUGGCGGAACUCGGGGACUGUAACGAGGAGCUGGAGCAGGCGGAGAAGUGCAUGCUGCCCGAGUGCCCCAUCGACUGUGAACUCAGCGAGUGGUCCCAGUGGUCAGAAUGUAACAAGUCAUGUGGGAAAGGCCACAUGAUUCGAACCCGGGUGAUUCACAUGGAACCUCAGUUUGGAGGCGCACCGUGCCCAGAGACCGUGCAGCGGAAAAAGUGCCGCAUCCGGAAAUGCCUUCGAAAUCCAUCCGUCCAGAAGCUGCGCUGGAGGGAGGCCCGAGAGAGCCGGAGGAGCGAGCAGCUGCGGGAAGAAUCCGAUGGGGAGCAGUUUCCAGGCUGUAAGAUGCGCCCAUGGACCACCUGGUCAGAAUGCACCAAACUGUGUGGAGGCGGGAUUCAGGAACGCUAUAUGACUGUAAAGAAGAGGUUCAAAAGCUCCCAGUUUACCAGCUGCAAAGACAAGAAGGAGAUCAGAGCAUGCAACGUUCACUCUUGUUAGCAGGGCUACAAGUUCCCCAGGGCUUCACUCCAGAUUCCAGUCAUCAGUGGUUGGGUGCUUUGCUCCUUUAAGACAAUUUAAAAUUGUAUCCAUUAGUUUGUUUUUGCAGUGCGGUUUGCCAAUAGUCUUGUGGAUGCCAGGGACAUCCUUUGAGUAUUUCUUGGUGGGUACAGACCACGUGGGGCUCCCUCCCCCUCAGCCAGCCCUCUUCCAGCACAGGAGUAGUGACAGUCACCUUGUACUAAACUGAAGCGUGUCCCUCUGGGGAAUCCACAUGGAGGGCAACCACAUCUGGAAAGGACUGUAUCUCAGACCCGGGGCACACCAGGUAGGAAAUGCACCCACCAGAUAAAGAGGCCACAUUUCCCUUUCUCACCUUUGGCCAGGUCACUCUUGCAAAAAAUCUGUCUGCCCAUCUCUGUUCACUUGAUAGAACUUGAGGUUGCUUGUUUUAUCUCCUGCCUGGGUCAUCAUGACAUUCCAGGGGAAUUGAGCGAGAAAAACACCGAUACUGGGUGGCUUUUAUCCUUAACACUGAAAAAUUCUGGACGCAUUUCAUCUAAUUUUGGUUCCUGGUACCCCAAAGAAAGAAAAAUGGUGGUUGCUUCAUUUAAUGUAAUCAGUUCUUACGCCAGAGAUAAAGGGUACAAAAUGUAGAAGGUAGUUUUUCUUUGCCAUUGUUUUCUGGUGCCGUAAUUCUAGAAACAUAGUUUUAUGAACCUAUCUUCCUUAUUGGAACCAAGGCCAACACAGCAAAAUUGGCCUACCAGUUACAAACCUGAGUUUGUAAUCAUCCUAUUACACGCCCAGCCUUUUAAGCUUCCAAAUCAGUUUCUAAUGAGAAGCUACAAGUCUGGCCAAAAAUCAUUCCUUAAAAAAAAAAUCUAAAAAAAAAAAAAAAAAAAAAACUAUCUCUGUACUUACAAGUUAUUUUUAGUCCUAUUUUAUAUCUAGAGAAAAAGUACUUGAGACAUAAAGACAAAAUCUAGGAGAAAAGAAUACUGUGGAAUCCAGCUGAGUAAGGAGUCACACCUAUGUCAGGCUCCCACACCAGGGCUACGGGCCUCGGACACUGCAGUCAAGGUCCUGGUCUCCUCCCUGUCCACAUCACUGUGGGUAGCCCAUUCCAGGAGCCUGACUACCAAGUUAGUGUCAUAUGCUCAGUUGAGCCCAUCAGGAGUUUCUGUCAAAACACCAUGCGCUAAUGGUUAAAACUUACUGUUUCUUUUUCAGGCCUUUUUAUUACUGCUUGAUCCAAAUAUGUAUCGUGAGCAAGAUGCAUACAAUGCUCUGAAUAUACUUUUAAGAAUCUGCAUUAAACUGAUCAGGAUAUUUUCAAACUACAACACAUCUAUGCUAUAGCCCUGAAUAUGUAUUUUCUUGAACACAAGAAACACUGUUCAAUAAAAAAGAAUUUCAUUGGG